CUCUCCCCCGUCUGACGUGCUGUUGUGCUGCUGCUGGUGCUGCUGGUGAAGGAUGGCGCUUGGUCCACGUGCAUGAGGGCGGUGUCCCCCCUGCCGCUGCUGUCCUUCACUUCCCUGCUGCAAAACCACCGCUCAUCGUCGCCAUUCAUAGCGGCGCCCGAGAGGGCCCUGCGCUGCCUGUCCGGACAACGCACGCGGCAGAAAUCACUCGCCGCGAUGAAUGGACACACCUGGAGGGACUCCUUGGACAAGGUAGGUAUAGAUCUGAUCUCACAGCGUCACCCAGCACUGCCGUUUUGCUGUCGUGCAUUUGCAGCUGGUGUCCAUUCCGCAAGCCGAGGCGCCACAAGCAGGCAGGCCACUUCGCCACCGAGUCACCAACCGCAAGGAAAUGAAUCUCACACCCGCCUGUGUGUGUGGAUGUGUGUGCAGUGGUGUACAGUGCAGGAGGGGGUGGGCACUUCUUCAAGUGGCUGUUCUCCACCCCCGGGGCGUCGGCAGUCUUCCUCGAGGGGGCCAUGCCUUACGCGCGACACAGCACUGAGAGGCUCCUGCAACGGGGGCGGCAGACGGUAUUGCCGAAUCCCACCAGAUCACCUGUGGUCAGGAUAGUUGGUCUCUCCGCUCAGGUGCCGUCGAAUUUUGUGGAUGCUGAGAUGGCGCGAGCAUUGUCGAGGAGGUAGGGGCCCUGCCCUGCGCUCCCCCGACUCUCUCUCUGUGUGUGUGUAUGUGUGUGUGUAUGUGUGUGUGUGUGUUUGGUCCGGCAGUGCUCUUCAGUGUGCGAUGGAGAUCAAGAUCCGGGAAAGCGGCAUACAGGCGGUAGGUCUGUGUCUGUGCGCGACACACACGAAAUACAUCACGCAUAAAGUGUGAACGUGACGUCGUCGUCGUGUCGGCAGCUGAGCGACCGACUCGUGGGCAUCGGCUCCACAUGUGCCCUCGCAUCCACACAGCCCAAGAGGUGAGGUGCGCAACCAUGUGGCUCUCUCAACCGUGUGUGUGACUUCCCUCGUGUGUUUGUCCAUCAUCCAUUCAUUCAGGGGCGAGCAUCGCGUGUAUGUGUGUGCGACGUCGCUGCGGGGAGGCCGGCACAGCACGAGGGAAUACGCCGCAAUCCUGGAGAAGGUGCGAUCCCUGGCACACACAACACACACACAUGCACACACGUGUGUGUGUACACUUCUGCAGGGCCGUCGCAGCCGUGAGGAGGAAGAUGAGCUGGUGGGUGUGUGUGGGGCGAGGGGUCAGUCAGGGAUCUGAUGUGCUCGCGCGGUGCAUGGUUGUGUGCAGGUCAGCCGUGUGCUCCUCAACGCCCUCCUUGAUCAGGCCGACGUACGUGAGCAGCCCCCCCACUCACCCGCCCAUCAACCGGUGGUGCGUCACUCUUCAGGUGGACCGCGUUCCGACAGGGCUCGAUGCCACUGGUGCGUCCCCUGGCAACGAGGAGCUCAGCGAGAGCAGCGACGAGGCACAGGACCCAAUCCAAGACCUACUCGACGGCAAAGUCACACACGUAUGUGCGAUGGCUUCAGGCGUGUGUGUGUCAUAGCGGCUGUGUUGAUGUCUCUGUGCCGGUUUGUUUGUUGGUUCCUUUGCUCGUCAGGUGGUCCUGUGUGGCGGGAGUGGUUUGGUGGUGCCCUCUCCCCCUCUGAGCGACUGUGACAUUCUGAUGCUGCCCGGAUCGUUCAACCCACUACACGAGGCGCGCACGCACACGCCCAGAGAGAGGGUCUAAGGCCGUGGUGGAGUCGUGUGUGUCCAUGCGACGCAUUUGCAGGGCCACAUCGGUAUGGCCGAGGCGGCCGCCAAUCUCCGAGGCACAUCGAUGUCAAGAGGUGGGUAGACCACCGACACACACGGGGAUACACUGGUGCAUCAUUUUGUGUGUAUGCAGUGGUGUUUGAGCUGUCGUGUGUGAACGCCGACAAGCCCACCAUCUCACUCGACGAGAUACACAGAAGGGCAGCACAGUUCAGAGGUCACACAUCACAUAAUACACACACCAUAUUGAGCACCACGCCGCUCUAUCCAUGUCAGUCACAUCUGUCUGUCUGUGGCGUCUCUCUCUCUCUCUGCAGAGAGGGGGCUGCAUCUGCUGCUGUCGAGCGCCCCCCUGUUCACGCAGAAGGCCGCUUUGGUGCGGGGGGUUACGUUCAUCGUCGGCAUGGACACGUUCGUCCGAAUCAUCAGUCAGCACAGCACUGUGACCCACCUCUCUCCACACACACACACCACGCAACUCGAUAUGUGUGUGUGCAGAUCCCAAGUACUAUGGCGGCACGGACGCUGGCGUGGCCAAGGUGAGAGGAGAGCACUCCAAAUGCCCACAACACACGCAAGUCUCUGCUGUCAUUCUCUCUCUCUCUGUCUCUGUGCAGGCGCUGACCGAGAUGCGGUCACACCGGGCGCACUUCCUAGUGGCUGGACGCACCGAAGGAGGGGUAUCACACACACACACGCCCCACAGCACGGUCCUGCACCUAUUCAUGUGUGUGGGCGUUGGUGUGUGCAGGCCUUCUUGCGCCUGGGUGACGUCACGCACGACGAGGGAAAGUUCGACGGCGUCAAGGGCAUGUCAGAUGACGAGCUCAGCGACCUUUUUCAGGUACACACAGACAGACAGACAGACACAUCGACUGUGCGGGGACCCAUAAUACGGUUUGGUGUGCGUGCGUGUGCAGGAGCUGCCCGACUUCCGUGUCGACAUAUCGUCCACCGAGCUGCGGGCCCGCAUCAAGGACCAAAAAAGAAGAGGGUUGACUACAGAUUGACCGACUGAGUGAGUGAGUGAUCCAUGUGUCUUGGAUGGAGAAGCCAGAGGCUCUGACGCUGGUUGCGGUGGGCCAUGUGAGCACAGGUCUCCCGCCACAGAGGCGCGGCAGAUCUGUAUCACUCUUGUGCCCGUGACCUCCGUCUCAGCCUCUUGCCGGGGGGAAUGCAUGGCCAUCUUAAACGUCUCAAAAC